GCCCCCCUCACAAUUGCCCAUCUCCCAAAAGAUUCCUAACUUAGCCACUUACUUACUACCCCAGAUCUCAAAACGGGUGAGGCAGGGAUGAUCGCCCUCUUCUCGGCACUUAUUCCGCGAUUGCAGUGGCACCAAAGCUAGCCCCAAUGCAGCCGAAAUGUGCCUCGAGACGAAGCACCAGAGGGUACGAGGCUUGCGUGCAUGCUCGUUACGAUCGGGAAUUGUGGGGGCGAGUUAUGGGGAUAGCGAGGAAGGAAGGAAAGAUGGGGAUGGAGGAUGGACAGAGGUGUAUAAGUAGGAAGGGGAAGAGCGCGGGGGACGAGAUACAUUGGUACAUUAGUUCAUCACAUACGUACAGAGGCAUAUAUUUUCAUUUUCAUUUUCAUUUGAUCAUUUUUUUUGAUUGGAAUUAGUUGAGGGAAAGAAAAGGAUUGCAGAUAUCAACAUGGCAUCCAGUUCUUCCGAACCCGUCAAAAAAGUGCAGUUGGAAGGCAAGGUAAUCGCCAUUACCGGUGCAAACAGAGGCAUCGGCCUCGGCAUAGCAGACUGCUGCCUCUCCAAUGGCGCCUCCAAAGUCUACUCCCUCGACAUCGGCGCCCCGGGUGACGACUUCAGCGCCCUCGCCGCCAAAUACCCAAACCAGUUCUUCGCACUGGAGGCAGACGUCACGAAAGAAGAGUCGAUCCAGGCCGCCGUCGACAAGGUGCUGGGUGAAGCGGGGGCGCUGCACGGCAUGGUAUGCAAUGCGGGGCGCACAAAGCACAAGGCGGCACUGGACUUUACGACGGAAGAGAUUGAUCAGCUGUGGGGCGUGAAUUUGUAUGGCAGUUUCUACUCGGCGCGGUGUGCGGCGAGGGCGUUUAUUAAGCAGGGGGUUAAGGGAAGUAUUGUUUUUACGGCGAGUAUGGCGUCGUAUCGGCCGAAUAAGCGCGUUCCCUCAGCGCCGUAUGGUGCGUCCAAGGCGGGCAUCAGGAAUAUGACGCAUACGCUUGCUAUGGAGUGGGCGCAGUACAACAUCCGAGUCAACUCCGUAUCGCCGGGUCUGGUCAAGACAGCAAUGACGUACUGGGUUGAGCAGCAGCCGGAUUGGGAGCAGCAGCUCAAGUACUAUGGUGGCAUACCACGGUUAGCGGCGGUUGAGGAGCUCGGAGGUGCGUAUGUGUAUUUGCUCAGUGAUGCGGCGAGUUACACAACGAGUAUUGAUAUUCCAGUCAAUGGUGUUAUCGGUAUUUGUUAAGCUGGGGCUGAGCAGAGAAUCGUUGCUGUUGAAAAAGGCGACUGGAGAGCUGAGAGAAAUAAGUUAGAAUCAUGUUUGAGUGUAUCCACAAUUAAAGAUAACGUACUAGUUACAAAUUUCCC